AUGCUCUACAAUGGGAAGCCAGUCAACUUGGCUCCUGAACAAGAGGAGGUUGCGACGAUGUAUGCCGUGAUGAAGGACACAGAAUAUGUGCAGAAAAAAACAUUCAGAAACAAUUUCUGGAAUGAUUGGCAAAAGUUGCUUGGGAAGAGGCAUGUAAUUCAGAAAUUGGAUGCUUGUGAUUUUACCCCAAUAUAUGAUUGGUAUCAGAAUGAAAAGGAGAAAAAGAAACAGCUGAGUAAGGAAGACAAGAAGGCCUUGCAGGAAGAGAAACUGAAACAAGAGGAGAAGUAUAUGUGGGCUAUUGUUGAUGGUGUAAAAGAAAAGGUUGGAAACUUCAGAGUUGAACCACCUGGAUUAUUCCGAGGCCGUGGGGAGCAUCCAAAGGUUGUUUGA